GAGUGAUGAGAUAGCUAGUUAUUUGGCGGUGUUUGGUCAUUAUGAUUUUUACUUAUUUGGAUCUCAUCUCAGAGUCUCUGACUCUCUCUACUCUAAUUAGAUCCCUCUCUUCUCUUCUCAUCUCUUCCAUCUCCUUUCGCCGAUUCUUUCUCUCUCUACUCUCUAACUGUACCUCUGCUCUAACCUUCCAUGGCUUCCAUUCUCUCUAGGGUUUCAAUUCUAUCUGCAACUCUACGACACUCGCCUUCUCCACACGCUAACACCUAAACUAAAAAAACAAACUGUAGGGGAAAACGAAAAUGUGCUGUUUGGAUUCACGGAUUAAACACUAGGUUUCUCUGACUCUGUCGCCUCCUCACGACAACUGGCCUGUACCCUGUUGCCUAAUUACUCUUCAACUGUGGUUAGGGUUUGUCACAUUUUCGAUCGAGUUUUGAAGUGGCUUCAGUACUGUGAAGAUGAUCAACUGAGAUUUUUUUUUGUUCCUUGAAAAAAAAAACGUUUUUGGAGGAAUUUGUUAUUUAUUAUUUUUCGGAAAAAGAAGAGAAGAUGAUAUCUUCAGGAAUAAACCUGGUGAUGACGGUGAUAGGAUUCGCCGUGAGCAUUUUGUUCAUCGUCUUCGUUUGUACUAGGCUUAUCUGUGCCCGGAUUCAUCUCAAUGCUUCCAGGCGCUCCUUUCCCAUUGCUUCCAGAUCUGAUCUCAGUAUUCUGGAACGGGGUUUGCAUGGCCUUGAACCUGUAGUGGUAGCCAGCUUUCCCACAAAGAAGUUCAGUGACGCAUUUUUCUCAUCUUCAGAAGACGCUCAGUGCACUGCUUGUCUCGAGGAAUACCGUGAUGAAGAUGUAUUACGGAUCCUCCCCUACUGCGGACACUCCUUCCAUGUAACCUGCAUAGACAUAUGGCUGCAGCAGCAUUCGACAUGCCCUAUUUGUCGAACAUCGCUGCGUGAGUGUCCCGAUAAAAAACGAUUGAUGCAGCCCUUGUUCAGCUCAGCUAUCCGAUCUCGGCAAGGGACAGAAUCCAUUGAUUCACAUUCUUGCCAGUAUAUCUUGACUAAUAAUGGACCAAGAAGUCAUGAAAACCGGGGGAUGAACUCCAAUGAACAAGAUCAAUUAACAACCAAGGGCAUCCCGGCAGAAACUGGGGAAAAUGCCCCCUCCAUCGGCGAGGGCGAUUUGAACCCUAAAGACAUGGCUAGCAAGCAUGUAGAAAGCCCAUCCAAUCCGUGAAUGUGAUGAUUUUGGUUUCCAGUGGGUGGAGUAUAAAAAAUGGACAUUGUCCAUAAAAGUUUGGAAGUGAUUUCCAUUAUAGGUGUUACACUGGAAGCCUAUUGUUUCUCAGUGCUCACUGUAUAUAUAGCAAAAGGGAACUUUUAUCUUUUUUUUUUUUGGCGAAAUGUUUCUUCUUUCCAAUUGACGGUUGGGCUGUUUUGCUAGAUGAUUGAAACAAGUUAGAGUUGGCGACCGAUGGAUUUGGGGGAAAAUAUUAAAAAAGAAAAGAGCAAUAAAAACCAGAGCCUUCCUUGGGAAAAUCAACGUUGCUUUCCAGAAGAUAAAACGUCAUACUUAAUUC